AGAGAAGAAGAAGAAGAAGAGACAAAAUGGCGUUAUUAACAUUGUUGAUGUUGUUCCUGAUUCUGAUCACAAUCGGGACUGUGGCCGAAAGUCAAUCGUUACCAGCUGCUGAAUGCCCAUCUCCGUACACCUACGUCUGUGAUACAGGGGAAGCCAAGCUCGACGGCACGACCGUGCAGUUCCGGGUACUGGACAACGCCAUAUACCAUCCAGGGUGUAACAGCGGUGCCUAUUCCGGCGAUCAGGGAAACGAGACGGCGUUCUACUAUUACUCCUACUGUCCGACGGAGUUCCUGGGGAACGAUUGCAGGGAUUGUUUACUACGAGGGGCGCACUUGAUAAGAGACAUCUGCCCGAAAACGACUGGAGCUCGAUACGCGGAGGAUGGUUGCUGCGUUAGGUACGAGACCUACCAGUUCUGUUGAUCAUACGUACAUUACUUAAUGUUGCUCCUGUUCUUUUGGGGUUGUAACUUCGUGUUCCUUAUGUAUCGUUACGUAGGUGUUGUUGAAUAAGUUGGUAUGUAUUAGUUUGGUUGGGACCCUAAUUAAGGGAAGAUCUCUCUAUAUAUGGAAUAUGGGUGAUGCAUGGAAGGGUUGGAUCCCUAAUUCAAUAAGCUAAUGAAGUUUUCCUUUUGUA